CUCGCGGGAGAGAUGGGGGCAGAUCAUGGCGGGAAACGGCCGUGAUGGUUCCUGGAUAUAAAGGAGAUCAGGCCUUCCCUCCUCGGCUCAUUGGGGCCUACUAGCACAUCAUCAUCCGUCUUCCAUCCCUCCUCAGAACUUCCUUCCCCUUCCUCCUAUCCACCUUUCCCUUACUCACACAGACAAUCGUCCAUCGUCCACCAUGUCUCUUCCCAAGGACUUCAAGUGGGGCUUCGCCACCGCCUCGUACCAGAUUGAGGGCUCCGUCAACGAGGAUGGCCGUGGCCCCUCCAUCUGGGACACAUUCUGCGCCAUCCCCGGCAAGAUCGCCGACGGCAGCUCGGGUGCCGUGGCUUGCGACUCGUACAAGCGCACCAAGGAGGACAUUGAGCUGCUCAAGUCGAUAGGGGCCAAGGCGUACCGCUUCUCCAUCGCGUGGUCGCGCGUCAUCCCGCUGGGCGGUCGCAACGACCCCAUCAACCAGAAGGGUCUGGACCACUACGUCAAGUUCGUCGACGACCUCGUCGAGGCCGGCAUCGAGCCCUUCAUCACCCUCUCCCACUGGGACCUGCCGGACGCGCUGGAGAAGCGCUACGGCGGCUAUCUGAACAAGGAGGAGUUCGCGGCCGACUUUGAGAACUACGCGCGCGUCAUGUUCAAGGCCAUCCCCAAGUGCAAGCACUGGAUCACCUUCAACGAGCCGUGGUGCACGUCCAUCCUGGGCUACAACACGGGCUACUUCGCGCCCGGCCGCACGUCGGACCGCAGCAAGUCGCCCGUCGGCGACAGCGCGCGCGAGCCGUGGAUCGUCGGCCACAACAUCCUCAUCGCGCACGGGAGGGCCGUCAAGGCGUACCGCGAGGACUUCAAGCCCACGCAGGGCGGCGAGAUCGGCAUCACGCUCAACGGCGACGCCACGCUCCCCUGGGACCCGGAGGACCCGGCCGACGUCGAGGCGUGCGACCGCAAGAUCGAGUUCGCCAUCUCGUGGUUCGCCGACCCCAUCUACUUUGGCGAGUACCCGGCGUCGAUGCGCAAGCAGCUGGGCGACCGCCUGCCCAAGUUCACGGCCGAGGAGGUGGCGCUCGUCAAGGGCUCCAACGACUUCUACGGCAUGAACCACUACACGGCCAACUACAUCAAGCACAAGAAGGGCGUGCCGCCCGAGGACGACUUCCUGGGCAACCUCGAGACGCUCUUCUACAACAAGAACGCCGACUGCAUCGGGCCCGAGACGCAGUCCUUCUGGCUGCGCCCGCACCCCCAGGGCUUCCGCGACCUGCUCAACUGGCUGAGCAAGCGGUACGGCUACCCCAAGAUCUACGUGACCGAGAACGGCACGUCGCUCAAGGGCGAGAACGACAUGCCGCUCGAGCAGAUCCUCGAGGACGACUUCCGCGUCAAGUACUUUCACGACUACGUCCACGCCAUGGCCAAGGCCUCGGCCGAGGACGGCGUCAACGUCCAGGGCUACCUGGCCUGGUCGCUCAUGGAUAACUUCGAGUGGGCCGAGGGUUACGAGACCCGCUUCGGCGUCACCUACGUCGACUACGCCAACGACCAGAAGCGCUACCCCAAGAAGAGCGCAAAGAGCCUCAAGCCGCUGUUUGACAGCCUCAUCCGGAAGGAGUAAGGCAGGCAGGAGUUGGAGUAUGAGGGUAGCCGCUGAUGGCUAUUCUUCCCACGUUUUUGUGUGUUUCCUCUUCAUUUUUUUUUCUCUUGCCGCAACAUGACGGCUCCUGUCUCUGAAGGGAACCCCUGAAAUUCAGGGUUAUCAUGACUUGGUUACGAAUGAGCUACGACAUGUUCAAUUGAGUGACUCUUUACUACCAAAGUACUGCUACCAUGACACUCGAAUCGUCUCGUGACUGAAAGGAGAAUCAUGUUGGCAUUGGUUCGCGUAGUACGGAGUAACGACAACGGCAUUGGUCAACAUCUGGCAGGUAUUUGAGGUAGAAUAUACCAACCUGCCUGAGGCUCUCGGUAUCAAGAUUUGGAAGGCCAAAGGGUUGGAUGAGCACUUGAGAGCAAAGUCGGACUACUGGCUGAAGAAGGUAAACAAACUAACGUACAGUACCUACUUAACUUAUGAUACACGUC